AUGCUUUCAUUUUGUCCCAGCUGUUCAAAUAUGCUUAUGAUCUCUCCAUCUGAAGAAGAUGGUAUGAAUAGUUUUCAUUGUUCUACAUGUCCUUAUGAAUUUAAAAUUCAAGGUUUACAAAUGUUUGAUAGGAAAAAAUUAAAUCGAAAAGAAGUUGAUGAUGUUUUGGGAGGUGAAGGUACUUGGGAUAAUGUUGACCAAACUGCUGUAAAUUGUCAAAAAGAAGGUUGUUCAGGUGAUAAAGCAUAUUUCUUCCAAUUACAAAUUAGAUCUGCUGAUGAACCAAUGACUACUUUUUAUAAAUGUACAAAAUGUGGUCAUAGAUGGAAAGAGAAUUAG